AUGUCUACUGCAUCGAAAAUUACCUUUGGUUCUUCGUGUCUCCUUGCAGUUGGUACAUUUUUGGGUAUCAACUAUCUUCAGAGGAGCGAAAGAGAAUCUCUCAGGCAAGGUCCUAUUAAAGAUGCUGAAAGAAUAGCCGCUAAAGAGUUAAGUAAGAAGCAAAAAGUCAAUGAUAUGGAGCACAGGGAACAAAUGAUGCUUCAGGAAAAGUUUUCGAGUGUUCAGCCCUUAAAUAACGAGAUUAUACGGGCAGACGAGGAACAAGAGUAA